AUUCACAACCAAGUGCCUGUGCAUUAUUUGAUGUUUGUUCUCAUAAGUUGCAUUUUCUGAAAUACCUGAUACAUGACAUUAACCAAAUAGCUACACAGCAAAUCUUGGCAAGGGAGUUUUCCAGUGUAGGAACACUUUACACCCUGCACAGAGAGUGGGAGGAAGUGGGUUAAUAUAGGAGCCCAAUUCCUUAUUUAUACCCUGGGGCAAGUUAAGUGUUAAUCAGCUAUAUUUCAAGCCAUAACAUAUAACAAUCUCAUUUCUUUUUAUAUUUGCCAAAUCGGACCAAUGAGCCAUUUUAUUCGUGUCUUCAGAUGGGCUUUGAGUAAAUCGCCUGAGGAUGUGAACAUCUGGCCUGUAAUUCCUGCAGCAGACGGACGGGUGUUGUACCCGCUCCGUCCAGCAGGGGGCGGUGUGCACUAACACACGACUCGUGUGGCUUCCACCAAACUCAGGGAAACUGGUUUCUUCAAAGCGGCUGGUGCAGAUUUAAUGUGCCCUAGAUUUUUACUGCUUGGUUUUUCAAUUCGGGAGAUAAUAUUUGGGAGGAUUUAGCACACUUCUCGCUCCGUUAUCUGCCGUGACAGUGGGAACAAUCAGCCUCGACGUUGGUUGACGUGGUCAGUUGGCGUGUCCCGACUUGGAGUGACGGCUGUGCAGUCCUAUGAUUCCUCCUAAAUUCCUCCCUUUUUCUAACAAACUACAUCGUUUAACUUUUAGUUAAAUCGUGACCGAUUUGCAAUUCGCCGGGACGCCGAAGACAAGCCGGUGUUCAAGAUGUCGGUAGCGGGCUUCAAGAAGCAGUUUUAUAAAGCCAGCCAGAUGGUCAGUGAGAAAGUCGGAGGUGCUGAAGGAACAAAGCUAGAUGAGGACUUCAAAGACUUGGAACGGAAGGUAGAUGUGACCAGUAGAGCGGUAGUGGAGGUAAUCUCCAAAACAUCAGAAUACCUUCAGCCCAACCCAGCAUCACGGGCCAAACUGUCCAUGCUGAACACCAUGUCAAAGAUCCGCGGGCAGGUGAAGAACCCGGGCUACCCUCAGGCCGAGGGGCUGCUGGGGGAAUGUAUGGGCAAGUAUGGCCGGGACCUCGGAGAGGAGACUAACUUUGGCGGAGCGCUGGUGGAUGUUGGAGAGUCCAUGAAGAGAUUGGCAGAAGUCAAGGACUCUCUAGAUAUCGACGUCAAACAGAACUUCAUUGAUCCAUUGCAAGGGCUCUGCGACAAAGACCUCAGAGAGAUACAGCAUCACCUGAAGAAGCUGGAAGGCCGCCGCCUGGACUACGAUUACAAGAAAAAGCGUCAGGGCAAGAUCCCAGACGAGGAGCUCCGACAGGCGCUGGAGAAGUUCCACGAGUCAAAGGAAGUGGCCGAGACGAGCAUGUACAACCUGCUGGAGACGGACAUAGAGCAGGUGAGCCAGCUCUCAUCCCUGGUGGAGUCCCAGCUGCAGUAUCACAGACAGGCUGUGCAGGUGCUGGAGGAGCUUUCUGACAAACUCAAAGACAGGAUGAAUGAUGCUCAGACUCGACCAAGACGUGAAUACACACCUAAACCCAAACCGAUCUUUGACUUCGGAGACGACAACCAAUCAAAUGGCGGCUACUCGACCUCAAUGGCCCCUCCGCCUUCACGCAACUCAGCCCCGGAGCAGCCGUGCUGUAAGGCGCUGUACGACUUUGAUCCAGAGAACGAGGGAGAGCUGGGCUUCCGCGAGGGCGACAUCAUCACCCUGACCAAUCAGAUCGACGAGAACUGGUACGAGGGCAUGCUGAACAGCCAGUCGGGAUUCUUCCCUCUCAAUUAUGUUGAGGUCCUUGUUGCGUUGCCACACUAAUAUACAAAGAGAGCUAAGGAGGAGACUGAUGGAGAGGAGGAAGAGGAGGAGGAGGAGGAAGAGGAGAGAGCAAGUAGAGUUAGGAGAGAGGGAGGAAAGCGAACCCAAGGGCUGGUCCGCAGAAUAUUCAUUUUCACCUUCGGCUCCGACGUCACCAUCACAGACGAGCACUUUUUGUUCUGGAGGAAGAAGUCCAGACCAGAAUAUCCACCUGUGUCCACCCAAAGGUAAAAGAAUCCAAGAUGGACACCACAUGUCGUCGCCCGUUAUCUGGCAGUCAGAAACAUUUCCUGAGGACUAACUGUUGUUACAUUUACAAGCAAUAUUUGUCUUUUAAUUUCAAAUUUCUGAUAUCGUAAAUAUGAUUUGUAUGAAAUCUGGUGAUUCCCUAUCAUCCGUUUUGUGCGACUGCAGUCUGUUUGAAACUCAGAUGGGUCAACAGUUCAAACUGUUAAGUUUCAAACUCAAACCUCCCAGUAAACACCAUGUGUAACUUGAAUAUUAUCUUCAUUUCCUAACUGGAGCUCGUCUCUUGAUGCCACCUGCUGGCGAGACCGAGAACUUCUUUUCCCUAAAAUGAAACCACACACGACUAGAUAUGUAGUUUAACUAAUUGUAUCUCAAAUUUAAAAAAAACUGCAUUAACAUUGAGAAACGAGACAAAAUGUGCCCCAGAUUUAGACCAUUUUCAGGUGUGGGUCUAUUUGUAAUGCUCUUCUUAAAGAUCCAUGUCUGAGCUGAUGGCUUCAGAAGACAACAGGCUCGACACACUGCUGUCCUCGUACGGUUUCAGUAUUUCAGUUGCGUUAGUCUCGACCUGCUACAAUAGUUUGUAAAAAUACAACUGCUUACUGAAUAUGUCAGAAGAUGUUGUAAUUGCACCUUGGUCCUCAAAUGAGAUUGAUGUGUGUGUGUGUGACGUACUCCACCAUUACACACAGACCCAAAGUUAAAUGCAGACGUUGCACCUUUUUUGUCACUCAAGGGAGGCGUGUGUUUGUUGUGUAGAGACACAGAAUGAUUAGUUGUUUAGUGGUCGUCUGCUAGUCUGUUCAAUAGAGGAGACGGAGCCAAAAAGUCUUUAUCCAAUGCAAUAGGAACAUCUCGCUCGUUUGUUGAACUAAGUAUUCUGUAACAUAGCCAUAUAUUCAUUUAGUUUAAGGCCCGUUUGUCUUCGCAUGUUCAGCCUUUUCCUUUGUUCGGUCUUUCGACCCGUUUUAGGCGCCUGUUAUUCAGUGCCUGAAUAGAUGACGCUGCUGGUCAGUCUUUCAUAGUCAUCGAUAAGUGUCCCACUAUUCCUGUCUGCCCUUGUGUCUUUGAGAAUGUGAAACUCCUCUGUGCUUUGAAACUUAUUCUAACCCUGUGAUUUUGAUGAUUCACGAUGGCUCUGAUUCAAUUCAUUUGUCAGUCCGUCGGGCUGAGGUGUCGUUCCUGUUCAGUUAUUCUAUUAGGACGAGGCUGGUUUCUCGUCCUGGAUGACACCAGCAGCUGGAGUCUAAUCCGACAUACACUGUACAGUAUGAAGGAAAGACCUGGAGGGAAAGGGAACACAUCAAGGGAAAAAAAUAAUCCUACGCUUUUGUCCAUUUUGACUAAUUUGGAGAACUUUUGUUGCCAAACAUGAAUCCUUACCAAACGCGUAUCGUCGGUCCAGCUGACUUUGAAUUCUCUGUGUUUGUCCAUCACUCCACGCUGCCAAACACUUUGGUCCUUGUCUCAUAUGUUUACAUCUCUGAUCUUACUACAUUUCAAUACUUGUAUCAAGUUCAGGGCCAAGUUAAAGGACUGUAGGAGGUGCUGUCUGGAUCACACUGUUAUCAAAUACAGACUUUGAUAGCUUUGUUUUAGUGCCUUUUGGAAAAGAAAGGAGGAAAAGUACCGCAACUAAUCCAGCAACCAAAACCUAACCCAGCGACUUAAGAGUAUGCUCAUGAAAAUGUCUUUUCUACUUUUUGGUUUUCAUUUCUAGCCGUUGGCACUUUUCCUGUGUAAAGAUGAAAUGCGUGACGUGUGCACAUUUCUGCACCGGUAUGACACUACAGGCAGUUUCCUGGACAUGUGUUGUUUCGACUAAUGUGAGGUUUAUCAGCCGGAACUCAUUUUUAUGUAGAUUUUAAUCCAUGUUUGAAAGAAAACAUGUCCCACUGAUUUCUGUUUUUAAAGGGCUAUGUAUUUGUUUAAUCAGUCUUAAAUGGUU